UUUCGUCGAUAUUUUCAUUUUCGUAUUUUAUUUCUAAUCAACCAGUCGAAGGCGAAAUUUUGUACAAAGAAAGUGAACCAAUUAUAUUAUUCUUGAAUGAAGUUUCUAUGUGAAACUAAACCCCGCCAGGAUUAAUAAAUAAAAAAAAAAAACGGUGCCAAAAACAAAAAACAAAAAAUGAUUUUAUCAACUGCAAAACGUUUGUGUCUACGGACAACAGCCUCCAAACUUUUUCGUCCUUCAUCAACGUUGCCACAAUCUGGACAAAAACUAGACGAACUUCAAGAGCUUGCUCUCAAAGAAGAAUGCAUCUUGGUAAAUGACAAUGAUAUCGUAACUGGAUCAGCAUCAAAAAAAGAUUGCCAUCGAGUUGAUCCUGCUAAUGGACAUGUUAAACUCCAUCGUGCAUUUAGUGUUUUCUUAUUCAAUACCAAAGGAGAAAUGUUAGUUCAGAGAAGAUCUGUUCAUAAGAUAACUUUUCCCGACACUUACACGAAUGCCUGCUGCAGUCAUCCACUCCACGAGAUUGAAAACGAACGCGAGGAGCUUAAUCAACUGGGCAUUCGUCGUGCUGCCCAACGGAGGCUUAAUUACGAGCUAGGCAUUCCUCAAAGUCAGAUAAGACCUGAAAACUUCCACUAUCUGACGCGCAUCCAUUAUGCCAACACCGGAGAUGGAACUUGGGGCGAACACGAAAUCGAUUACAUACUCUUUCUGCAGAAAGACGUCGACCUAAAUCCAAAUUUAAACGAAGUCAGUGAAGUGAGGUAUAUUUCACGAACAGCUCUCGACAGCGAGGUAUCGCAACUGAAUGCUCCACUGACCCCUUGGUUUGAGCUUAUCUUACGCCAUCGUCUCAAACUGUGGUGGGAUAAUUUGCAUCAGUUGAAAAAGUUCGAAGAUCACAAAACAAUAAAUCGCUUUAUAUAGAAGAGCAGCAGCUAGAGCCAGCGCCGCGCACAAAAAGCAGAGGCAUUGUCAUAAUUGUUAUCUCAUAUUUAGUCAGUCAGUGGGCAGGAAUUCGAAAAAUGUGUGUAAUGUGUAGGUUUUUAGAAAAUAGCCAUGCAGAUGAAAGUAACCAAAGUUAGUUUUUUUUCUUCUUUUUGUUUUGUUAAAUAAAAAAAAAAAACACAAAAAUAUUU